GACUGCGCCGCUCGAGAAACUAACCGUGUGAACGCACCUUGAUCAGUUCUGAUCUUACUCGCGUCACACUCAUCCAACCGCGCGGCGUUCGAUCCUUGCCCCUUGCUUGCCGGCGCGCGCGUUACAUUCGAAUGUUGCUCUGAACCGCUCGCUGCAACUACUCGCCGUCCGAACUACUACGUCUGCUAGUCGCUGUUGACUGGAGCCAGUCAGAGCAACCUUCAACGCGGCGUGCCGAAGGACCCGUCCAGUCCUCUCAAACGUGCCGUCUGAACUCUGCUUGAGUUGCUGCAUAUCAUGAAGGUUUUGCAUCAUAUUAAAAAUGCGCUGUCAUUCAAGCCCAUACCCGUUACCGUGCUCGCUGUUGUCAUCUAUGCAGUCCUCUUCGGGUCGGUGGUCGUGACCGACGAACUGCCGGAUGUCCCCAAGGUCAAGCGAUGGAAAGGGCUGAACCUUACGGAGGCUUACGCGGACUUGCACGUUGUUGCAGCUCGACCCCAUCCUUACAAUAGUCAUGCAAACACCUACGUCCGAGCAUACAUCCUCGACCGACUGCAGCACAUAGCAGCACCCCAUCGAAGCACCGUGUCCGUUGUUUCGGACCUCAACUCUACCGCGUCUUAUUCAAACGUCUACUUCGAGGGCACCAAUGUCCUCGUCAAGGUCGAAGGAACGCAGUCAAACGCGACCAACGACUACGAGGGCGGAGCCGUGCUUUUCAGCGCGCACUAUGACUCCGUUUCUUCUGCACCCGGCGCCACCGACGAUGGAAUGGGUGUUGUCACUUUAAUCCAGCUGGUGAAGUACCUUACGGAGCACCGUCCCCAGCGCACUGCGGUUUUCAACCUCAAUAACGGUGAAGAGGAUUGGUUGAACGGUGCCCAUGCAUUCCUCGAGCACCCAUGGGCCAAUUUGACUACCACCUUCCUCAACCUCGAGGGCGCGGCGGCAGGCGGACGACCGCUCCUUUUCCGUGCUACCUCGCUCGCGCCGACGCGUGCCUUCCACGUCGACCACCCUCACGGAAACGUGCUUUCCGCAGAUGCCUUUGCCCGUGGUGUCAUUCGCUCUGGUACAGAUUACUCCGUCUAUGCCCAGGGUCUUGUUAGCUCGGCCAAGGAUGUCGUCGUAAAGCCUGGGAUGGAAGGCCUAGACUUCGCAUUCUACAAAGGCCGCAGCAAGUACCACACCAAGUACGACUCUGUGGUCUACACAGAAGGCGGACAAAAAGCCUUGUGGGCGAUGAUGGAUUCUGUUCGCUCCGCGAGCUCGACUUUGCUAAAUACCACAAAGACAGAGAAAUUGAGCGAGAGAGGGGAGGGCGUCGUCUAUUUCGACCUGCUUGGACAUUCGUUCGUGGUGUUCUCUGCGACAACGCUCCUCAUUUUGGAUAUCGUGCUUCUCAUUGUCGGUCCUUUUGCCGUUCUUGCACUCUUGAUUACCGUCAUCAUCCGCGCAAGGAAGGAGAAGGCCCGCGCGGAAGUAGAGAAUGGAGUACCCGAAGGACUGGCAACCGGGGGAAGUGCAAAGGAGCUGAUCCUAGCCUUAAUCGGCUGGGCCAAAUUUUGGGUCGCCCUCGUCAUUGCCCUCGUAGCAGAAGGGCUGUUGGUGCUCGGAUACGUCAAACUCAACCCCUUCAUUGUCCACUCGCGCCCGAUACUCGUGAUCGUCUCUGCUCUCGCGGUGGCAUACAUGACCCUUGCGCUUCCUCUCACCUUCUCGCAUAGCAAGCCUUCGAAGGAUGUACCACCCACAUCCUCGCGACAGCAGAAGCUCGCAACUCUAGUGGAGAUCUAUCUGCUCACAUGGGCAUUCCUGCUUGGUGCGACCAUCGCCCUCGGCAACGUGGGCAUCGGAGGGCUGUACUGGGUGACGAUCUGGAACGCGCUUGCACUGAUCGCGGGCAUCUUCGGGUUAGUGGAGGCGCUUUUCAGAGUCAAGCACACGAAGAAGAGCGACGUGGGCCCCGGACUCGGUCAGGAGACGAUAGAGGAGGAGCGUGGCGAAGAAGAAGAACGGAGGCUUGUGCGCGGCGUGAGAUACGAAGUGGGCGGUACCGACACAGGAGCCAGUGAUCUGGACCAUGGUGACCAUGUUAGGGCGUAUGGCGCUAGAGAAGACGAAGGGGAAGGUAUGGUGGUUGAGACCGCCCCGACGGAAAUCACUCCACUUAUGUAUCAGCAUCGGCGGAACCAGCCUGGUGCGACUGCGAAGGAGGAGUACGCCGAGAAUGACGAGGUUGGGUGGUGGAUCGUGCAGUUGCUGGUCCUCGUUCCCCUUCCGGUGAUGUUGAUCAGUCAGGUUGGAAUCAUGCUCGUCAACGCGAUGAGCCAAUCGCUCGUAGACGGCAGCAGUGCCACCACAGUGUAUCUUGGCAUCGCAUUGCUGUCGUUGCUCGUCAUCUUGCCAAUUUCGCCUUUCAUUCACAAAUUGCAUAAUGGCCUAGUUGUGCUGGCGGCUGUCUUCCUCAUCAUAUCCCUCGUCUUCACUUGGGUCGUAUUCCCAUUCAACCAGGACGCGCCCUUGAAGGUGUCGUUCAAGCAGAUGGUUCAUCUGGACGCAAAAGAGGGGGCACCUCAUGCAGUCACCACCCUGAUAGGACCAGCACAAUAUCUGCAGAAGCGUAUCGUGGCUGAGCUGCCGUCGGCAUGGGGGGCGGACGUGAACUGCACCUCGACCACGGAUCCGAGACGUAAAGGGCUCACCGAGUGCUCCUGGUCAAGCACCCUGUUGCCCGCGCACGGUUCAUCAUCCAACGUCCUUGACGCAUCUUCGGAUGACGAGACGUCGCUGGUUGCCCCUUCUCCCUUUACCAGUGCCACAGAUUGGCUGCAGUUCCGGACCAAGAAGACUUCACCGACAUCCGCCAUAUUGUCCGUACGAGGGGCCAACACACGCAACUGCCGGCUGUACUUCGACAGCGCGCCUAUAUCAUACUACAACGUAACGAGCUCGAAUACGUCUGGCGACCUGCAGCCCGGCUACGAGAUUGCCGACGAGGGCAUCAAGGAGCUGCGCCUAUGGAGUCGAACGUGGGAUCGAGAGUUCGAGGUGGAGGUCGAGUGGAAGGGCAUAGCAGGAGGCACGCUCGAGGGGCGUGCAAGCUGUCUCUGGAACGAGUACGCAAGUGGCGCGGCUGGUGGACCUAGCUCUGGCGGGCGUAUCCCGGCGUAUGAAGAGGUGCUUGCGUUCCUCCCUAAGUGGGCCGCCGCGACAAAGAGGGACGAUGGCCUGGUCGAAGCAUGGAUCACGUUCAAAAUCUGACUGGUGUAAAAAUAUAUGUCCCCUUGCUCUCGUAAGCAUGUAUGUUCACUGACUACUUGUCGCGCUAUAAAUUGCCUCAUUUACU